CUGAGGAGGAAACUGAAGAGACAGUUUUUCUCUGUUCCUUUCAUUUGACGAACACUGAUCAAAGGCAUGAAAGAAGGGGAGGUUGUGGGAGAAGAGUCGUUCUGGAACGGCGAAAUGGUAACAUUUAUGGCACCUCCGGAAGAGCUUCAGUGUGCAAGAAACGGACGUAAAUGGCGUUGUAGCCGCUGGAGGAUCCACGGUGAAUCAUACUGCGAAUUUCAUUUUCUCCACCAAAAGAACCGUUGCAAGCAAAACCCUGCGAAAACCAGGCCACAUAAGAAGAAGAGGAAGAGGACUAAUCAAAAUGAACGAGUGGAAGAAGAAAAGGGUAUUUCUGUUUUGGACUAGGACUAUGGGAAUGGCGGAGAAGUUGAGCCUUGGUCACGGAGGACUAGGAAUGCCAAGUUUGCAGCGGAGAAACAAGAGAAUGGCCCCAAAUCCAAGGGGAAGAAAGAUGGAAACGGUGACAAAAGGGAGUCAUUUUCAAGGACUGGCAAUGUCUCCUCAGCUGAAAAAAUGGAAGUUGCGGGUGGUGGUUAUUGCCAUCAGUGCCAUCAGCUCAAAAGCCGAGUGCAGUUCUGCCGCAAGUGUCAACGUAAACGCUACUGUGAUUCAUGCAUAAAAAAAUGGUACCCGCGGUUUCCAGAGAAAGCCAUAGCUGGGUCCUGCCCAUUUUGCCGUAAAAUUUGCAACUGUAAAUCAUGUUUGCGUUCGGACCAACUCAUGAAGGAUGUCAAAAACUCUGGACUGCCAUUGAAUAAAGAAGAAAGAAUUAAACACUUCAAGUAUCUAAUCUCCUUGUUGUAUCCUUUCCUGAAACAAUUUAAUGAGGAGCAAAUGAAGGAAAUAGAGCUACAAGCCAAGAUCCAAGGAUUAAGGUCAUCAGAGAUGGAACUACUUCGGGCUGUUUCUAGUGAUUACGAACGUUUGUAUUGCAAUAAUUGCAAAACAUCAAUAGUUGAUCUCCACAGAGUCUGCCCAAAAUGUUCAUAUGAGCUUUGCCUCACUUGUUGUUGGGAAAUUCGGGGUAAAUGCUUGCGGGGUGGAGAUAAAAUGGUCCAAAGAUAUUUAGACAGAGGGAAAGCUUACUUACAUGGAGGGGAACCUUUAUCAUUAGAUAAGGAAAAGAACAAGACAAGCUCUAGGAAACAUGUCAAGCUACCAUCUGAGUGGCAAGUAAAGGGAAAUGGUGACAUCCCCUGCCCAGUGGAAAAACUGGGUGGUUGUGGACACAAGUGCUUGGAGUUGAAAUGCAUGUUGCCAGCCAAUUGGGUUUCUAUGUUGAAAAUCAAAGCUGAAAGAUUGGUUAAGUUGCAUAAACUUGACAAUGGGCUUGGAACCUUAACAGGACAUUGUUCUUGUCUAUUUGAUAAUGAGAUUGGUGUUGUGAAUGACGCAAUACAGGAACACGGUAGUAAGGAACGCUUGUAUUCUCCUUUGGCCAAAGAUUUACAACAGGGGGAUCUAGAGCAUUUUCAGUGGCAUUGGAUUAAGGGAGAGCCAGUGAUUGUUAGGAAUGUUCAUGAAUUAACCUCUGGCUUAAGUUGGGAGCCAAUGGUACUGUGGCGUGCAUUCCGUGAUGUAUCAAAUAAGAAAGGUUCUUCAAACGUUAAUGUGAGAGCAAUUGAUUGUCUUGACUUGUGCGAGGUUGAACUAAACAUUCAUAAAUUUUUCAUGGGAUAUUUAGAGGGUUGUGUACAUAGUAACUCUUGGCCUCAGAUUCUGAAACUAAAAGAUUGGCCCCCAUCAAAUCAUUUUGAGGAGCUCCUACCACGCCAUUGUGCAGAAUUUGUCAGUUCCUUGCCGUUUUUGGAAUACACGAAUCCUUUCUCAGGCAUCCUCAACAUGGCAGCAAAAUUGCCUGCAAACAUUUUGAAGCCUGACCUUGGUCCAAAAACAUAUAUAGCUUAUGGAUUUGUUGAAGAGCUUGGGCGUGGAGACUCAGUGACCAAGCUUCAUUUUGACAUGUCGGACGCGGUGAAUGUUUUGGUGCACUCAGCUGAAGUGAUUCAUACCUCUGACCAGCUUGCAGAUAUAGAAAUUUUGAAAAUGAGGCAUGUAAGACAAGAUCAAAUGGAGUUAUAUGGCAAUUACAGGGACUCCAAUUUGCCUUUGGAAGAGCAAGUAGGUAUGGACUUUUGGCCGAAGCAUUUGAAGAUGAUAGGUAUAACUAGCAAGAAGGAAGUGAAUCCAUGUCAGUGUUCAGAUUCAACAACUAAAUUGCUGAUGAAAACUUUAGGAUUUCAAAAUGAAGAGAACUCUAAAUUGGAUAAAGAAAGCAACGGGAGAAUUAAAGAGGCUCAUAUCAGUGAUACCUCAUUUUCAAAUAUGCAUUUUCCUAAUGGCUGGGACGAAGAUUCUUGUUUGCUGAUGAAAGGGCAAGUUGAUGCUGAUGUCAUGGUUAAAGUUGUGAAGUCGCCAAAGAGAAAAAGUAGAACUAGAAAGAAGAAAGUGAAAUCUUGUCAAACAUCAUUGUUGGUUCAAAAUAAAGAGGAAUUAGAAGUGGGUGAAAGUAACAGGAAAAUAUAUAAGACUCAUUCUGAUAAAGCUAUAGAUGCGUGUUUAACAAAUGAAGCAUCUGGAGGUGGGGCUCUUUGGGAUAUUUUUCGUAGGCAAGAUGUUCCCAAACUUGAGGAAUACCUUAGGAAGCAUCAUAGAGAAUUCAGGCAUGUUUAUUGCUCUCCAGUGGAUCAGGUUGUGCACCCGAUUCAUGAUCAAACUUUCUACCUGAACAUGCACCAUAAGAGAAAGCUCAAGGAGGAGUUUGGAGUCGAGCCUUGGACCAUUAUACAAAAACUUGGAGAAGCGAUCUUUAUACCUGCUGGUUGUCCUCAUCAAGUGAGAAAUCUCAAGUCAUGUACAAAAGUUGCUCUUGACUUCGUGUCUCCUGAAAAUAUUCAUGAAUGCAUCCGUUUGACCGAGGAGUUCCGGGUUCUUCCACAUGAGCAUAGGUCUAAGGAGGACAAACUAGAGGUGAAGAAAAUGAUGCUUCAUGCUUUGAAAUAUGCCGUGGAGGAAUUGGAGAAGCUCACUGCAUGAGUCUCUUAAUCCCCAUCCUUUGAAAUAUAUUUAUUCUAAAUAUUGCCAGGCAGCAACAGUGGUAGGUGUCAUAAUUUUUGCGAACAGAUUUUGCACCUAAUUUGUUAGAAGUCUCUUCUUUUCGUUGGAGUUCUCAAGGGUGUGUCCAUUGUUUCUGGUAAGAAGCUCAGUUUUUUUGUACAAACUCUGAUUUCUGAGGGGAAUUGACGUGCAAGUUAUAUUGUAUUUACUCUUUUCAGCCAAUGCAUGAUUUAAACUUAUUAUAUUCAGCCAAUGGUUUAAGAUCAA